AUGCUCGCCAACUUGCAUCAGCCUCGCCGGCUGAAGAUGCCCUUCGUCGCGAUUGUCGUUUUCAUCCUCAUUACCGGCUUCUUUCUUCUUUUCCGUCAACCGUUGGUCCAGUAUUUUGUUAUUCCCUGGUCGCCAGAACAAUAUGGCGGCAGCUGGAUGAACGCCUCCUCGCCAGCCUGGGUUCAACCAGCGCUUAGCUCAGGCAUGCCCGAUAAGGCCGAUGAUGCAGCCCGAUAUGUUCAGGCAAUCCUUGACCCCAAGAACGGCGGUUAUCCGAUCGUCAACUGCCCCCCUCCCAACAUCACUCGAUAUGGGGUACUCAAGCCGACAGAGAACACGGGCAAACGCCACUUCUUGUUCGCUCUCGAUCUGCGUCAGAUCGUCGAUCUCCUUCCCCAACUGAUGGGUGCUGUUCUCGAAGCCAUCAAAAUCAUCGGACCUGAGAACUGCGCCAUCUCCGUCGUGGAAGGCAUCUCCACUGAUGGCACUUACGAGACCCUGUAUCGCUUGAAGGCUCACCUGGACAAUAUGGGCGUAGCGUACAAUCUCCAGACAAGCAACAUCGAUUCCCAUAGCGGCGACCGCAUUGGCAAGCUUGCUAAGCUCCGAAACUUGGCCCUCGAACCUAUGAUGGCCGAAGUUGAUGCCUACGACCCCAAGGCCACCAUUGUAUUCUUGAACGACGUGGCCGCCUGCACCGAGGACAUUCUCGAACUUGCUUACCAGAAGAAGACUCAGGAGGCAGACAUGGUGUGCGCCAUGGACUACCACUUUCUCAGAUUUGCGCCGCACAAUGGCGAGCCCUCCUUCUACGAUUCCUGGAUUUCCCGCGGCAUCAACGGCGACACUUUCUUACCCAUUCCCGAUAGAACGCCGAAAGGGGAGCAAUGGAGCGACGUUGCCAACAUGUUCUGGAACGAGCCAUACUCUCAAGACCGUUACCUCAGCCGAAAGCCUUUGCAAGUGUUUGCUUGCUGGAACGGAGGUGUCGCCAUGACUGGCGAGCCGUUUCUCAGCAAGAAGCUGGACUUCAGAAGAUCAUAUCCUGGCGAAUGCCACACCGGCGAGCCGACACUGCUGUGCAAGGAUCUUUGGAAACUCGGACAUGGCAGAAUUGCCGUCGUGCCAAGUGUCAGCUUGGCGUACAAUGUCAAGGACGGCAGACAAAUCAAGGAAGAGAGAGGGUUUGCUAACUCAUGGGUCGCGGCCGAGAACAUGGGAGUGACACCCAAGAUUACGUGGCAGGAUCAGCCGCCACAACAGGUCAAGUGCAUGCCGACGUUCCACAACCAAUUCUGGCGGCCUUGGAACGAGGGAUUGUAA